GCCUAAGCUGUGCUGACUGUUUUGCUGAGUAUCAUCAGUUUCAGUCCCGUUUCGUCGAGAUAGCUCGGAUACGUCCUCAGAACUAUUACCAGCUGAAGGCCAUUUUCAGGUUAAUUGUCGAAACGGUUUAGUGUCGUCUUGGGAUUCAAGAGAUCGAUUUUGGUUUCUAAUUCGAGGCAUAUCGAAUCGAAGCUCUUCGGCAACGGAAUUUUAGUAAAUUGAAUCCCUUCAGCUCCAUCAAGUUAAAACCCAACAAAACCACAACUCUCUGCUCGUUUAGCUUGCUUCAUAUCGUGGAUAACUUUCACCGGAACAGGAGGGACGGAGAUAGAAAUGGAGAAAAACGUGAGAGAAGAGGAAAAUGAACCCGGGCAAAUCGUUAAUCCUUGGGAGGUAUCAGGAAAAGAUGGUGGGAAGAUUGACUACGACAAGCUCAUUGACAAGUUUGGUUGCCAAAGGCUCGACCAAACUCUGAUUCGCCGCGUCGAACGUCUUACCUCUCGGCCCCCUCAUGUCUUCCUUCGUCGAGGCGUGUUUUUUGCUCAUAGAGAUUUCAAUGAAAUUCUCGAUGCUUAUGAGAGAGGAGAAAAAUUCUAUUUAUACACGGGGAGAGGACCAUCAUCUGAAGCUUUGCAUUUGGGACAUCUUGUUCCAUUUAUGUUCACCAAAUAUUUGCAGGAUGCCUUUAAGGUUCCCCUUGUCAUACAACUUACUGAUGAUGAAAAGUGCAUGUGGAAGAACCUCUCAGUAGAGGAGAGCCAGAGGCUUGCUCGUGAGAAUGCUAAAGACAUCAUAGCCUGUGGAUUUGACAUUACAAAGACCUUCAUUUUUUCAGAUUUUGAUUAUGUUGGUGGUGCAUUCUACAAAAAUAUGGUCAGAGUUGCAAAAUGUGUGACAUUCAAUAAGGUUGUGGGAAUAUUCGGUUUCACUGCAGAAGAUCAUAUUGGUAAAAUUAGUUUCCCACCUGUGCAGGCAGUUCCAUCGUUCCCCAGUUCAUUUCCACACCUCUUUUCUGGCAAAGAUGAUCUCCGUUGCUUGAUUCCAUGUGCUAUAGAUCAGGAUCCAUAUUUCAGAAUGACACGAGAUGUUGCUCCUAGGAUAGGAUAUCAGAAGCCUUCAUUGAUUGAAUCCUCAUUUUUCCCUGCCCUUCAGGGGGAGACAGGAAAAAUGUCUGCCAGUGAUCCAAAUUCUGCAAUAUAUGUGACAGAUUCCGCAAAGGACAUAAAAAACAAGAUAAAUAAAUAUGCCUUUUCUGGUGGUCAAGAUUCUAUAGAGAACCACAGGAAGUAUGGAGCAAAUCUAGAGGUAGAUAUACCAAUUAAGUACCUUGGCUUUUUCUUAGAAGAUGAUGAUGAGCUUGAGCACAUCAGGAAGGAAUAUGCUACGGGACGGAUGCUAACUGGUGAGGUGAAGAAGCGCCUUAUUGAAGUUUUGACAGAGUUGGUGGAAAGACACCGUAGGGCCCGAGCUGCAGUCACUGAUGAGAUGGUGGAUGCAUUCAUGGCAGUAAGACCACUCCCCGGUAUGUUUGACUAGAUUGGGAGGUGACAAUUAUUAUCCAAAAAAAAAGAAAAUUGGGAGAUGACAAUUUGAUCUUGAGUUUCAAUGUUUCAUGUACAAGAUAUGCUUGUCUUUGAGGCCAACCAAUGGCAUGGAUAUAUGUUUUUCUAAUUCAUAGUCAGAGAGCUUUUCUAUCUUAUUUUAGGACAAUCUUGUAACCGAUUUCAGUGUUCUAGAACUGAUCACACCAUUAAAAAAAUAAAAAAAAAGAACAGCAAACAACUUUUGCUUCAA